AUGACGAACUCCCCUGAAGUUGAUAUUCGUUUUGAGAUGUCUUUUUCAAACAUCAAACCUCCUAGCAAGAAACGUACCAAUCAAUCAUUUCAGGAAACUACACUCAGCAAUAAUCAAAUUCAUCUUACAAAUACAAAUACAUACAUGCAAUGGGGCGGAGGGAGAAAGAAGGACGAGGCCCUCCGCGAGCGGACCUUCAAGCAGCCGGCCGGCAAGGCGCCCGAGGUUGCCAAGGAGGUGCCCGCGGGCCACGUCAACACCACCCCCCUGGAGAAGAAGGUUGUCAUCAAGAGCGAAGCCGCCUCGCUGGACUUGCCCGUCAUCACCAAGGUGGAGACGCUCAGCCCGGAGAGCGGCCGGGCGCUGCAGGACAGCCCGCGGAGCGUGGCCUCCACGCCGUCGGCCUCCACCGAGGGCUCCCUGCCCGGCGACCCCCACCACCCGGGCGCCCCCAACGGCCUGUCCGGCUUCAGCGUGGAGAACAUCAUGACCCUGCGGACUUCCCCGCCCGGGGGGGAGCAGCUGAGCCCCGCCGGACGGACGCCGGCCCUGGGGGGCCCCCUCGGCGGCUACGCCCAGGCCCAGCCGCCGCCCUCCCUCUACAGCCAGGCUGACGGGCAGGCGGCAGCGGUGGCGGCCUCUUGGUACCUGAACACCCCGUCGGAGCUCUCGCCGCACCUCCCGGGCCACGCCUUCGGCUCGCAGCAACAGGGCUUCCCCAACAUGCGGGACAUGUUCAGUUCUCACCGGCUGGGCCUGGAGACCGCGGUGCCGCUGAGCGACCCACAGGUGAGCACUAACGCCAGCUGCCAGAUCCCCUACUGGUCCGCGCCCUCCAUAUACCGCCACUGCGCCACCCCCUAUUCCUAUGAUUGCGCCAAGUAUUGA